GGCAGUGAAGUGAAGUGGAGAGAACUGUUACGAUGAAAAGAUAAUGAAGAUGACAAGAGACGUGUCUGACCACCAUUACCACCACCACCACCACUAUCGCCACCACCACCACUAUCACCACCACCACCCACGUUGCUUCAGCCCUUUAUUCAGUCAGUGCCGCGCCUCGCAACCUCUCGCUUUUCCCCCAGCGCGGGUUAAGUGAAUGAGAGAACCCUGAGUGGAGAGAGAGGUGAAAGGCUUCCAGCUGAGUCAAAGGAAGGUGAGACCCACCACCACUACCACCACCACCACCACCACCACCAUUACCACCAGCAUGGAAGACGAGAGGAAACCUGAAGAACCUCCCAUGGAAAUCUUCGCUACCAACUCCUCCCAGGACGUGUGCAGUGUGGCGAGCGAGGGGGAGGCGAAGAAGAAGAAGAAGAAGAAGAAGAAGUCGGACAACAUAAGAAUGGGCUUGGCAGUGUCUGGAUUCGUUGUGUCAAUUGCCAUCAUCGUCCUCGGAUUUUUCUUGGGCGCAGAGGCAAAGAAGCACAAGACGACUGAGUCCAACCCGUCCUUCCGCCUGCCCAAGACCCUGCAGCCCACAGAGUACCAGGUGAGACUGCAGCCCUUCGUCAACGGCAACUACAGCAUCGCGGGCCACGUGCAAGUGGAGAUGCUGGUGGUGCAGGCGACCAGCAACAUCACCAUUCACCUGGCAGACAUCGUGACGCAUAAUGAGACGAUACAGGUACGAAGAUACAAGGCAGGGGUAGACAAGGAGGGAGAGCAAGGGGAGGAGGUGGUCGUCUCUAGCCACGAGUAUGACCAGGUGAAGGAGUGGUACGUGGCUCACCUGGCCCGGGAGCUGCAGGUGAACGACACGGUGAUUCUGUCCAUGAGCUUCACUGGUCUCCUCAAUGAUCAGCUCAAGGGUUUCUAUAGGUCCACCUACACUCUGCCUAACGGGGAGACUGUGAGACUCGCCGUGACCUUCUUCUCCCCUAUCAACGCCCGCCGCGCCUUCCCCUGCCUGGAUGAGCCCGCGAUGAAGGCGAGGUUCAAGGUUUCGCUGGCCAGGCAGACCAACAUGACGGCCCGAGCCAACAUGCCACUGGAAGCAACCGAACCCAUACCGGACCAGAAGGGGUGGGUGUGGGACCACUUCCAGACCACGCUGCCCAUGUCAACCUACCUGGUCGCCUUCCUGGUCUCAGAUUUCACCUCUAAGAGUAACGGGAAUGUCUCAGUGUGGAGCAGGGAGGCAGUGCUGGGCGAGGCGGAGCAUGCCCUGCAGAUCGGCCCGGAACUCAUUGCCUUCUUCGAGGAAUACCUGAACGUUACCUUUCCCCUCCCCAAGAUGGACCUGGUGGCGCUGCCUGACUUCGCCGCGGGGGCCAUGGAAAACUGGGGGCUCACGACCUUCAGGGAGGGCACAAUGCUACUGCCCAACCGAUCCUCUGCGGGGAGUCUGGACCGUGUGGAGACCAUAAUGGCUCACGAAUUGGCGCACCAGUGGUUCGGCAACCUGGUGACGGCGGCAUGGUGGGAGGACAUCCUGCUGAAGGAGGGAAUGGCUUCCUUCAUGGAGAACAUCGCUACAGAAGCGCUGCGGCCCACUUGGGGAAUCCUGGACCAGAUGCUGCUGACGGUGCAGGGAAUCAUGGUGAGUGACGCCCUGCCAUCCACCCACCCCGUCAACCAGCCCGUCGCCAAGCCCUCGGAUAUUGGCCAGGUCUUUGACACCAUCACCUACUCCAAAGGCAUGUCUGUGAUCCGCAUGAUGAGCCACUUCCUGACGGAGGACACCUUCAGGAGGGGCCUCAUUCACUACCUCAACCAGUACGCCUAUGGCUCGGCCACGCAGGAUGACUUCUGGGCGGUGCUGACGAAGGUGGCGAGGGAGGACGGGCGCCUGCCAGCCUCCGUCACCGUGAAGGACGUCAUGGACACGUGGACGCGGCAGUCAGGCUACCCCGUGGUGACGGUGGCGCGCAGUGAGGACGGCCACACCGCCACGCUGACGCAGGAGCGGUUUCUUCUGUCAGGGAACAUCACGCAGGAGGAGAAGUACCAGUGGUGGGUGCCUCUCUCCUUCACCUCAGCCAACGCCUCCAACUUCACCACGGAGCCCGCCCUCUGGAUGAAGAACACUGAGGCGUCUGUGGUGCUGGAGAGCCUGCCUGGGAAAGAGGCGUGGAUUCUCUUCAACCUUCAGGGCACAGGAUAUUUCAGGGUCAACUACGACAAGGCUAAUUGGGCUGCGGUGACUGCCCAGCUGCUUACGGACCACGAGGCGAUUGAAAUGGUUAGCCGUGCGCAGCUCCUGGAUGAUGCCUUGAGUCUGGCACGUGGAGGACGCCUUAGCUACGAGACAGCAUUGGGGCUUAACGCUUACCUGGCAGCUGAGACAGAGUACCUGCCCUGGACCUCUGCCCUCACCGCACUGUCUUACCUGGAGAAGAUGCUGACGAGGACUGCAAGCUACGGGUACCUGAGGCGUUACCUCCUGAACCUCCUGGAGCCGCUGUACGCCUCUGUGGGCUUCGAGGACGACCUAAGCAACCCACACCUGGAGCAGCACAAGCGCUCUCUGGCCGUGGCGUGGGCGUGCAAGCUGGACCACAAGCAGUGUGUGUCCAAGGCCGUGCAAUACUUCGGCUCCUGGAUGACCAAUGACACGGAAGUCUCCCCCAACAUCAAGUCAACGGUGUACUGCACGGGCGUGGCGAAGGGCGGCGUGGAGGCGUGGGAGGGCGUGUGGGCGCGGUACCUAGAGACGGAGGUGGCCAGAGAGAAGCUGCACCUCCUUCAGGCCCUAGGAUGCUCAAAGGAGAUCUGGAUUUUGUCAAGAUACCUGGACAUGGCAUUCACGGAGGGCAGCGGCAUCAGGAAGCAGGACAUUAACCUGGUGUUCUCGUCCGUGGCAGAGAACGACGUGGGGAGAAGCCUGGCAUGGAACUUCCUUAGGAGUAACUGGGAGAUGAUCGUGAGCUAUUACGACACUUUCUCGAGCGCCGCGUCCCUGCUCAUCUCAGCCACGGCGGAGUUCAACACACCGAUCGAGAUGCGAGAGCUGGAGGUGUUUGUGCAGGAUAACGCGGAGUCCCUGAAGACGUCUAGCAGGGCUGUGAAGACCGCCCUGGAGAACGCCGACGGGAACGUGGCGUGGAUGGAGAAAUAUUACCAGGUCAUCAAGGACUGGCUACAGGAGAAUGCCAAGAUGAGGGAGCUGGCGAAGGUGAUGGAGCUGAAGGAGAAAGCGAAGGAGAAGCAGAUGGUGUAGGAAGAAGUGAUAGAGAAUUGAAAUUAAGCAGUGUGGGAUAGUAAUGGUGAUAAUAAUGAUGAUGGUGAUGGAGUUUAAGUAGAAGUAGAAGAAGGGGGAAGGAGAUGGUGUAGGAAGAGAUGCUAGAAAAGCGAAAUUAAGAAGCGUAGGAUGAUAAUGGUGAGGAAAGGUGAUGGUGUAAUUGGUGGAGCUAAAGAAGGAGAAGGAAGAGAUGGUGUAGGAAGAGAUGCUAGAGAGAAGCGGUUUUUGAUGAUGAUGAUGAUGAUGGUGGUGGUGGUGGUGAUGAUGGUGAGGAGGUGGUGUAAGAGGAUUAAGCAGCGUAGGAGGUGUAACAGAAGAGGAGGAGGAGGAGGAAGAGGUGGUGGUGGUGGUGGUGGUAGAAGGCGAAGAAAAGAUGAAGAUAUAAAUGAAAGUGAUGACAGUGAUCAAAAAAAGGUGAUGUACGUAUGUGUGUGUGUGAGAGAGAGAGAGAGAGAGAGAGAGAGAGAGAGAGAGAGAGAAUUAUUUUUUUAUUUUUCUUGUGUGCUGAUUUGUUGCUUUGAAAAUAAAAAAAAAGAAGCUUUCUGUAUUAAUGAACGGAAUAUAUUAAACGUUUUAUAAUUUC